AACAAAACAAUUGUACUAUCAUGAUGUCCACCAAGAUCCUGUGUUUGUUCUUAGUGAGUGUGUGUGCCACCGCCUACCCUUAUAAUGGGCAAAGAUUUUUGCCUCAACGAACCAUAAUGGUGAACAGCGGGUACUACGGUCACCCGUUGGCUCGUAGGUCGUAUAUGCCUGAAGGUACCAUGACUAUGUUUGCCAGUGGUGCUGACCAAGUGGCAACAAACUCCUUUUUGGCCAGUCAGUACCCAGUUGAGGAGGAGCAAAAUGUUUAUUUGGCACCUCCAGAAAAACCAGAUGUUGAAGAAACAGUACAGGAAGAAGCAGCUGAAGAGACUCCCAGUGCUACCCCAGAACCCGCAGUAAUCCAGGAAGAAUCUUCGGCAAGCCAGGAAGAAGAAGAGGAAGUGACAACCGUCAAACCUAAGAAGACUUUGAGAAGGAAGCAAAAACCGAAAACAAAAGUUUUGGUUGAUGAUUCCCAAAACGAGGAGGAAGAAGAAGAAGAGGGUGCAUGGCCCUUCCAGUUUGGAAGAGGUGCUCCAUCGUACAACGCCUUCUUUCCAAUCACCUUUGCUGCUAACAGGAACAGAGGUAGACAAGGAUUUGAUGGGGAGGAUGGUUAUCCAACUGGAUCUGCCACAGCUAUUGCGAAUGCUUUUAGUACUGGUAAAGGUGGAGUUGCCUCAAGUCAUGCCACUGCUUUUGGAGACCCAGCUUUAAGCUCAUUGUUUCUGAGGAAGAAUUUGCAAAAAAAGAACAAAAACUUAAGAAACAACCACGAAUAAUUUUGAUGUAAUGUGAAGUAUGUAAUUUAUUUUGUAAAAUAAACAAAAAUAUUUAAACA